UAUAUGUUUCUGGGACAUUAUCUGGCCAUGUGCGCGGUAUUUGGUGAAAUAAUUUGAGGCAAAGUCGUUGCGACACGUGCAACUGAUUUACGGUACAUUUCCAACACGCUUGUCUUGAACUGGCCACUUGACAAAAGAACACUGAACAGUGUUGGAACGCAUCGAAUCCACAGGGACAUUGAAAAAGACACACUUUCCGGUAAAGAUGGCGCUGAUGGCGACACUGCGGAGGACGUGCUGCCUGUUGACAUCCAGACUCUCCGUGCUUCCUCUCGCCGCAGCUCGAACGCACAUCUCCGUCAGCUGCGACGUGGUGCCUCUGACCUCGCUGUCCAGACCUCCGUGGAGGGAGACGAGGCCGGUGCCAGAGGAGGAGCAGCGGCGGCAGCACGCCGUCCUGACGAGCGCCGUCAACCGGCGGAUCGAGGAAGCCGACUUCGGUCGCCUCUUUGCCGUGGUGCAUUUCGCCAGCCGCCAGUGGAAGGUGACGGACGAGGACCUGAUCCUGGUAGAGAAUCACGUGGAGGCGGUGUGCGGCGAGCGCCUCCGCCUGGAGAAGGUCCUGCUGGUGGGGGCGCGAGACUUCACGCUGGUCGGCCGCCCGCUGCUGGCCAAGGAGCUGGUGCGCGUGGACGCCACCGUACUGGAGAAGACUGAGUCGUGGCCCAAAGUGCACAUGCAGUUCUGGAGGAGGCACCGCUUCCAGCGCAAGAAAAUAAUCGUGCAGCCGCAGACCGUGCUGAGAAUUAACCGUAUACAGCUUGCGCCCGCGCUCACGUGACCACAGACCGCUUAAAAAUAAGAAAAAAAACCCUUGUUUGUUUGUUAAUUUGUACAAUUGAUCACAGGAAAACCCUGUGAGCAUUUAUUUGAUAUCCUACAAGUUCGUAGUAGUAGAAAGACUGGGCUGCACUUGUAGAACAGCUGUCUGACUAAUGACGUUUUCCUCCCAUUACUCUAUGACAUCUCGGCGCACUAGUAGAACGACUAAAUGUAGUUCAAUGUAGAUGAAGUUAGCAAGAGAAUAAUGUGACUGGUAGUUCUAGUAGCACACAUUUGUCAACUAGUGCAGUUUUGCCUCACUUCUAACAGUUCUACUAGUGUACUGAAUUGCCUUGUGAGGACCAAGAGCAUAUUAGUACAUAGACAAAUUAGUGCACUAGUAGAAAGACUCUUUAAUAGUGAUGUUUUUUUCCACUACUGUAUGAGAGUGGGCGGCACGGUGGGCGACUGGUUGGAGCGUCAGCCUCACAGUUCUGAGGACCCGGGUUCAAUCCCCGCCCCCGCCUGUGUGGAGUUUGCAUGUUCUCCCCGUGCCUGCGCGGGUUUUCUCCGUGCACUCCGGUUUCCUCCCACAUCCCAAAACCAUGCAUUCAUUGGAGAUUCUAAAUUGCCCGUAGGCAUGACUGUGAGUGCGAAUGGUUGUUCGUUUCUAUGUGCCCUGCGAUUGGCUGGCAACCAGUUCAGGGUGUACCCCGCCUCCUGCCCGAUGACGGCUGGGAUAGGCUCCAGCAUGCCCGCGACCCGAGUGAGGAGAAGCGGCUCAGAAAAUGGAUGGAUGAGAGUGAAUGCUCUAAGUACUACAAGUGACAUUAUACAAUUCUACUAGUAAACAUCUAGCACUUUACUACUAGUACUAGUAGGAUUGAGAUGUCAACUAGUGCAGUUUUUUGCCUCAGUAGUAGCAUUUGUUCAACAAGUGCACCCUAGUUAUUCCUACUAGUGCCCUGAAAUAUCUUACUAGCGAGGACAAAGACUGUGCUAGUACAUCAUAGAACAACUAUCUUAAUAGUAAUGUUUUUUUGUUCCACUACCGCAUGACGUUUCUGUGCACUAGUAGAAUGAUGUUACUAGCAAAACUGUGCACUAGUUGCUAAGUGCUACUAAGACUACUAGUGACAUAAAAUUCUACUAGUUCCACAUUCUGGAACUAAUAAAGGUUCUCAGUUAACAUCUAGGGCUUCACUAGUCAUACUCGU